UUGAUUUUUAGUGCCUAUGUGUUCCUUUGCACUUCGCAGCAAGGUUCUGGGGAGAAAUCAUGGCAGGAAGAUUAGCAAGCGCAGCGUCGAGGAUCUUGGGCGGAAACGGGGUCAUAGGCCGAUCUGCGGCUUCUUCUCUCCGCCUCCGUUCCGGGAUGGGCCUCCCAGUCGGCAAGCAUAUUGUACCCGAUAAACCGCUUCCUGUAAACGAUGAGUUGAUGUGGGACAACGGGACUUCUUUUCCCGAACCGUGUAUUGAUCGUAUUGCAGAUACAAUCGGAAAGUAUGAAGCUUUGGCCUGGCUAUGUGGGGGGUUGGGAUUUUUUGCCUCUCUUGGACUAUUGGCCGUGUGGAAUGACAAGGCCUCCAAGAUACCUUUUACACCGAAAGUGUAUCCAUACGACAAUCUGCGAGUGGAGCUUGGAGGUGAACCAUAGGAUUCAAAUGCAAUGAUGGAAUGAGCCAUUGCUGUCCGAUAUAUCCGUUCUUCAUGGUUAUUUGUGUUCCUAUCUGGUUAAGAAUAAUGAAUGGUGAAGACCGGCCCAAAUCAACUUCUGGAAUGGAAGAGUCGCGUCUGUUUUAUUUCUUUUUAUAUGAGUCUCACGCUUAUCUUUUUUCUCGAACUCCAUCACUUCCGUUGGUUUAUCGUAAGGAAUGAACUUUAUCACGUGGGCCAA